AUGCGAGAUGACCCGGCCGCCGUGUACGAGGGCAAGGUCAAGGGGCGAGUGAUGCGGCUGGACAACCAGCCCAGCAAGAAGCAGCAGCAGGGAGAGCCCAAGGCCAAGCAGAAGCCACCACGGCGGCUCACCAAGAUGAGCAACAACGAGGCCAGGAGACGGGGCCUCUACGACUUGCAAGACGGCACACUGAGUUAUGCCGACUGCCUCCCCCUGAAUGAGUUGUGGAGCCAGUACGCCGAGCAGCUGAUGCACGAGCGGCUGCCCAUCACCGAGAGGGGCAGCCGGCUGGCGGCGGCCGACCUGCAUGGCGCAUUUGUGAGAGUGGACAAGGCCAGGGUGCCGAGUUACAUCGGUCUUGACGGCAUUAUCGUGCAGGAGACCGAGCAGACGAUUCGGCUGAUGUGCCAGGACAGCCGCCUUCGCACGGUGGUCAAGGGCCAGGUGGUGCUGAGUGUGGUCGUGCUGGGCGUCAAGUACUUUCUGCAUGGCCCGCAGCUGGCCUACCGGCCUAGUGUCCGCUCCAAAGUCAAAUUCAAGCCGACCACCAAGGGCCUGGGGCUCGGCUGGCUCUGA